AUGUCAGUUUCAGCCAUUUUCGGCACAAGACUGGCGCUUCCGCCCCCCUCCGCCGCCGCAACCAAGGCUUUCCCACCGCCACCGAGCCGCUUAUCGGUCGGCGGCGGCGGCCUGGCGAUCGAGUGCUCUUCCCGACCGCAGAAAAAGGCGACGAAGCAUCACAUGAAGACCCGCCCCCGCAAGAGCCGGCCUUCCGACAUACGCCAUGGACCCGCCGUGUACCCCCCGCUCCCCCCUCUGCCCUCGGAAUGGACUCUCGUCUCCGACGACUCCGCUGCCGCGCCGAUGCCGUCGCAGCCUGCUGUCAAUUCCGAGUGA